ACAUUUACUCAUGGUCAAUGCUAUCUAGCUCUACCUCAACACACCAUCGAAUAAUCUAGAAAAGAUAACAAACAUAUAAAUAGUGAAUUUUGUGUCUGGAAUUAGAAAGGUUUCGGUCAGUUCAACUUUAAGGUUCUACGACAGAUAUGGUGAAAGCUAAAGUUUGGAAACAAAUCAGACCUUUCGAUGGUUUGCCAGAAAGGUCUGAUUUUGAGCUGGUUGAGGAAAAUCUGCGUCCUAUCGAAGAUGGGGAGUUUCUUGUAAAAGCCAUGUAUUUAAGCGUUGACCCAUGUACAGCAGGGCCUCAUAUAGACAAAAACAAUAACACCACAAGACAAACGCAAAUCGCCAGGAUUAUUCAAAGUAAGAAUGAAGACUUUCCAGAAGGUAAAUUGGUCGUUGUAAGAAGCAGCUGGAGGACUUAUUCUAUCGUAGACGGUACUGUGGAUCCCGCAAUACCAGAGCCAUAUUUGCUACCAAAUAUGGGAGGGUUAUGCCCUUCUGUUGCUUUAGGGAUGCUAGGAGUACCUGGAAACAUCGCUUACUUUACAUUUUUGGAAUUGUGCGACCCUAAAAAAGGCGAAACAGUUGUUGUGUCAGGAGCUGCUAGUUUGGUUGGCAGUAUUGUAUGCCAAAUAGCUAAAAUCAAAGAAUGUACUGUAAUUGGAAUAGUAGAAACUGACGACGAAGGAAAAUGGUUGAAAGACUUAGGAAUAGAUCAUUUUAUAAACCGCAACAAUCAGGACGUAGAUAAGGAGUUGACUGGGAUAGCCAAGCAAGGAGUGGAUUGUUAUUUCGAUAAUGUUGGCGGUAAAGUUUCUGCAGUAGUCUGUGAACAUAUGAAUACUGAAGGCAGGAUAGCAAAAAGUAAAAAUAUGUUGUACAAAUCGACCGCUAAUGAUAAUGCUGGAAACGAAGAAGCUCAAAAAAUAAUCGAGAAGAAGAACCUGAAAUUAAAAGAAAUGGACGUAUACAGUCGAACCAUUCAAUGGAUGGCUGGUAUGUUUCAACUACAAACAUGGAUGGCACAUGGAAGAAUUAAAUUCAAGCAAUCUAUUGGCGAAGGUUUUGAAAAUACUAUAAACUUUUUCAUUGCUAUGUCAAAAGGAGACAGUUCUGGAAAACCUGUUGUCCAGGUUUUCCAAAAUUUGGAGUGUCAUUAGGAAUUAUUUAGUUCUUUUUUAUAUUUGCGUCAUUUUUUACUUUUAUGUUUUCAAAAUUUAUUAAAAAAAUAAAAGUUUAUAAACCAAAA